CUGAAUCAAAGCUGAUUCCAAAACGCAUCUCUUUCUUUUGCGUUUUCCAAUAAUCCCUAAAACAAACCUUCUUGCCGGAAAAUCUUCUCCGACCGCAUCUCAGAUUCCGCCAUGGAAGAAUCCGAGGCGUAUCCAAAAGACAAUCAGAAUGGCCGGAGAAGAGGCGAUGAAUUCCGAAUCGCCUCCGCCUCCUCGCCGUCGUCUUCCUCCACCACCAGCGUCCACGUUACGACACUCGACGGACUCGUCAAUGUGAAUUCGCUUUUCACCAUCGCGGUGUUUGUAGGGCUUUCAUUGACAACGCCAGGGCAGCAUAGUCUCGAGAAUUCCUCGGUCUGCGACGCCGGCAUUGAUGUUGCUCGGAAGCUUCUGGUGUUUGAGGUGGUGUCGUUUAGCUUUUUUCUGUUCUCGUCUCUUGUGGCGCAGGGAUUGAAGCUUGCGAUUAACCUUUUGAACAGUAAGGAUGUGGAUGAGGCGUUUAGGGCACACAUCAAUUUGAAGGUGCUCAGAUUUGGGAUGUUGGCCUCCGCCUUCGGAUCCAUGAUGGGCUGCUUGUUCCUGAUGCUGUCGAUGGUGAAUGUCAUUCAAAUUCGCCUUGGGAUGCUGUCCUGUGGGAGUAAAUCGGCUGUUCAUGCUGUCGCCGCGCUUGUUGUUCUGGUUUCCUCUGCUCUUUUGGUCUAUAUUUCCACUGCUAUCUAUGCUUUUCUGCAUUGAUUCAUGAUGAUGAUGAUGAUAUAUAUACACGCUAGGUAUUCUCAAUUUGAGUGCUCAAUGUUAAAGACUUCAUGAACUCGAACAUUAAUUUACUUGACCUAUGUGCUCUUAAAUUUAUGGGAUUUAGUAAUCAUUGUGCAUC